AUGGUUAAAGCUGUCGGUGGCUAUUUAAUCAAAUGUGAUCCAUCUAUAAAAUCAAUCAUCAUUAGUAUUGACGCGAUAGUCCAUGAUAUUUUAAUUGAAGAUUUGGAUGACUCUACUUUAUUGAUUAAUCCUGGUAAAGUUGAAUAUGUCAAGAAUGAAUUGAAUAUGAUAUUGGAGCUGAAUUUUUUUGACCCAUUAACUGAAAAUUGA